AUGCCACGACUCCUCCUCUCCCUCCUCUCUACCGCCCUCCUCUUCCUCUCCGUCGCAAACGCCCAAUUUCAGUUUUUUGAGCAGAUGUUCCACGGGCAAGGCCAGCAGCAGCAGAGACAAGCACCCCAGGAUGUGCCGAGUGAUUCAGUCUGGUACCAGCAGAACUACGACCAAGCGCGAUGCUCCAAUUACUUAUGUCCGGAUACCCUGGCCUGCGUGCACUUCCCACACCACUGCCCCUGCCCGCAUCCUGCGCACGAGGAGAAGUUCGAGCUGGGUGAUGGCAAGAUGAUGUGCAUUAGCAAGGGCGGCUUCAAACCCGGGGAGGCGGCGCGGAAGGUCGAGUUGGCGAGAAAGGGGCUUCUGUGA